AUGAUAACCGCCUCGAAGGCCACCAUUGGGGUGAUUUUGUCGGGUGUUGUGGGCCUGUGCUUUCUAAGCUACUUUAUCUUCUUUGAACGUCGUAGCGACCCGGUAAUCAAAUCGAACCGGCUCAAGAAACGACUGGCGACAAAUGAUGGAGAAACUGGUAAACUGCUGACGCUCGAGUUGAAGUUGCCAGUCUCGAUAAAACAUCUUGCCGAUCAAGAGAUCUUAGUAAACGAGUUGAAUAUGGGUGAGUACUACUUGUCUCGCGGGGACUCGGCCCUUGGUGUCAGGCACCUAGCUAACGCGAUGGUUUCAUGCCGGAAUCCCGACGUGCUGUACGGAGUGCUGCGGAACAAACUGCCCAAACACGUGUUCGAAAUGCUCACCGAGAAGCUGUUACCGGAACAGAUAGAACUGUGGUCGUCUUCCAACAUUCUGCAGGACUUGGCCUAUGACAUUGAAUAG